UCUUCUGGCCGCGUGUCGUGUGGUGACGUAUCGUUGUACACGGACAUACGUACAUUCGUCGCAUUAUCGUUCGUCCGUUCGUUCAUUCGGCCGGUUCUUCCUACGCGCAUUUCGCCGGCGCGAUCGAUCGAGCGAGCGUCGUUACGCACGGGAGGAUUCAACGACGAUCGCCGGAUACGCAGGCUGCGUUCGGUCGGCUGGACUCGAGAGUCGCUCUGUCCUUCUCGCACUCUCUCUCUCUCUCUCUCUCUCUCUUUCUCUCUUUCGCGCGCGCGCGCGCGCUUGCUCGCUCGCUCUCGCAACGGGAGUGAUCGGCGGCGUCCGCUGUCGCGAGGCAAGAGCUCGGGAGAAAAGACGAGUCUCUCUCUCCUCUCGGUCUCGUCCCCCCGUGAGCUGUCACGUGACGCGUGCUCGUGCUCACGUUCUCUUCUACGUCGGUCGCACGACUCGCGCGUGCAGAGCGCCGCGCGGCACCGGAGCGAUUUUUGCGGCACACGUCUUCUCACGUUCGCGACCGCGACGCGCGCCACAGCGAGUCGUGAAGUAGCGUGCAGCGCGCUGCGACGAGAAGAACGUUAGAGGAGAUAAGGAGCCGCCGAGGGGGAGCGGGCGCGGAAGUGAUCGUCGAGCGGGACUCCGGCAGCGGUACCACCGCCGUUCUAUGCGGCAAGAUGAUGGAUUGUCAAUCGCUCGUCAAGCAGACUUACUGGGAGGACAACUCGAUGCAGGUGAAAUACGAGAGUUUGGACGGUAGAUCCUGCAAGGACGAAAUCUACAGGAUGGGCAUCGGAGGCACGUAUAGCGAAGGCAAUUUGAACUUCGCUACGGCCUCGGAGGAUGACGAAGUUUACACGAAGAAGAAGGUCUCCAGGCAAGAUCCGAUGUCACACAGAAUCAUCGAGAAGCGCAGGAGAGAUCGGAUGAACAAUUGCUUAGCUGAUCUCAGCAGGCUCAUACCAGCGGAGUAUCUGAAGAAGGGCCGCGGCAGGGUGGAGAAAACGGAGAUCAUUGAGAUGGCGAUCCGCCACAUGAAGCAUCUCCAGGGCCUUCGGCAAGACACCAAGCACUCGCCGGUGACACCGGUGCACGCGCAUCCCGAGGACAGCGUGGACAGCAUGUCGCAUUCGACCGCGGCGUCCUCGGCCGCGGAGCAUUACCGGCUGGGCUUUCAGGAGUGCCUGAGCGAAACCAUGCAUUUCCUCGUGGAGGUCGAGGGCUACUUCGCGAGGGACUCCCUCUGCGUGCAGCUCAUCAACCACUUGCAGCAGCACUGCGACAAGAUCUUAGCCACGAGUGACCGACUAGGCUUCCCUCAUCACGAGCUGCCGGUGUCGAACGGCAAGGCGAUCAAUGGCGGCGGCUACGUGCACACGAGCAUUCCGACGAUAAUAUGCCAGCCGAACGGCCACUCGGACCACGGCUCCAGCUCGUCCGGCGUGAGCUCGUUCGGCGACCCUGAGCGUCCGCUGCGACCGGCGCUGGUGCCGCCUCCGACGAUCGUCAGCGACGACAGCAAUCACAGCAACCACUCGCACAGCACGCCGCUCAUGGCCGCGUCGUGCCGGCCGGCCAACUACAAGUUCAAGAGCUCCAUCAAGCAGAGGUUCUCGGCGGAACGGGUCAAGUCGUCGAGCUCGCCGCCCGUCGUCGGUCUCGCCGGCGGCUGCGGCUUGGACAAGCCGAUGUCGUCGCCCUCGUCGUCGCACGGAGUCCCGAUCUUCGCUCUGCACGACGCCGGCUCCUUCUACGUGCCGUUGACGGUCGAGGCGGCCUUGAUCAGGCCGCACCUCAGCUUCAUUCCGGACACCGGACCCGACACGGUCCUCCACCCGGUCACGAUAUCGGUCAACUUCAACCAGUCGAUGCCACCGGCGUGGUCGCAACACCACAGCCCGACUCAUCAGCAUCAGACAUAAUGGGGAGAGUGGCAGGGAGCAGCAGGAGAGAUGCUGAGAGCCUGACGUUCUCAGACUUUUGUGCUUUCGUCGUCCGGCUUCUCCCGACGACGGUGUAGCGUCGUGUCUUUCGCCGGCAGCGCUGGUCGGCAGGUCGGCACUCCGCGAGAAUCACCGAGCGGCUCGCGCGUCGUGGUGACGACUCUUCUCACUCUGUGCUGGUUGCGCGGUGCGCGAUGAACGUGACGAAGCGGCGGUACACAGACUGAUUAACAUCACAUCUGCACUCAGGUCCCGUUCUUGUCGCCGAGGGUACUCAAAGGUUACUUGGACAUGAACAUCGUGGACCAAAGUGCUCGUUGGUCACGUCGCCAUCUCGAGACGUCCGCCGAACGGUCAAACGACUAAUAACACGUUGACUGCCGCGGUGAUUGAACGCACGGCAGCUUGAACGCAUUAACCAAAGAUGCCGGGAUUGAAAAAGUGGGACGAUCUCCUGGAAAGUCGCAAAGCGAGAUCUGAACUCUCUCAGGGAGACCGCCUCGGUCUCUCCGAAUUCACGUCCACUUGUGUUUUCCACUUUGUUUUUCAUUGACCAUCUGCUGGUCAUACGACCGAUGUUUCAAAUGUGAUCGAUUAGACUUCAUCAAACACAAUUUCGCUACAGUGUCAUAGCGCCGUUGGUGUUGCCGGCGAUCGUCGCGACAUUCAACGUGUUGAACAAGCGCCGGAUUUUCGCCUCAUCGACGUACUUUGGCGGUUGCGCUCGCAUAAGAAAAGGGAAAGCAAACGGAAGAGGAAAAGCUCGAUCGCGCGCACGGUGGCGUACAGGUCGCUUUCGACGCGCGUAACAUGGGGGACGUCGAAUCCGAGGAUGUUUGUACAUUUACCGAGGCUGUGGGUCGUUUUAGCAUUUACGAGGUUCGAGAGAAAGCGUGUUAAGGGUUGUACAUAGGUAGAGUAUUAAGGUUAGGAAGCUCCAAGUCGUUUUUGGCUUCGGUGUGUCUUCUUCGUCGUUACUGUAUAAUUCACACCCGUUCCUUUUCUCCCGCUCUCCCGGCCUCUUUUCUUUAACAACGGGCAUUUCGUCUCGUUCUUCUUCCUCGCUUUGCCUCUUUCUCUCUUUUUUCCAUCUCCCGAUCCGUCAGUUUGACAAACUUUUCGCGCGCACACGGCUCUGCUCUCAGUCGGAAGAUCAGUAUGAAGAAUUUUACGUAUGAGCACUCGCUUGACGGAUAUCGAGCGUUCGAUCGGUUGCGUCUGGCCGAGUAUUCGCUUCUCGGCGGAGCCAACACUCGUUGCGUCCAAA